AAGUUUGUAUGAAAUCACAAGCUGAUAGGUUUGCAAAGCCAGAUAUCAGUAUUGAUCCGGACAGCGGGUCUGACAGAGUUUUGAUGACAUUCAUCGGCGUUUUUAGCUAAGGCAAUUAACCAGCUACUUCAGAGCAUCACCUCGCUGACGCUGUACUGCAUCAUCUGUGGACAAUGAAGAAGGUUGCUUUGCUGCUAAUUGUACUGCUUGGCGUCGCACACUUUGCGACUCUAUGCAGAUGUGAAGAUGAUGUGGCAGAUGACAAGGAAGAGGCUGGUGAUUACAAUGAAGAUGAUGAUGAUGAUGAGGAGGAUGACGACGACACAGAGGUGAAAGAAGAGAAUGGAGUGCUUGUUCUCACUGACAGCAAUUUUGACACCUUCAUGGAGGGCAAAGACACAGUUCUUGUUGAGUUUUAUGCUCCAUGGUGUGGACAUUGCAAACAGUUUGCUCCAGAGUAUGAGAAAAUUGCUCAGACCCUCAAGGAAAAUGAUCCUCCUAUUCCUGUGGCUAAAGUAGACGCAACAGUAGCCAAUGCAGUGGCGAGCAGGUUCGACGUGUCAGGAUAUCCCACCAUCAAGAUUCUGAAAAAUGGUGAGCCUGUGGAUUACGAUGGAGACAGAACCGAGAAGGCAAUUGUGGAGCGAGUGAAAGAAGUCUCAAAUCCAGACUGGAAGCCGCCUCCAGAGGCGACACUGGUACUGACAAAGGACAACUUUGAUGACACUGUUAAUGAUGCAGACAUCAUCUUGGUGGAGUUUUAUGCUCCAUGGUGUGGACACUGUAAACGUCUAGCUCCAGAAUAUGAGAAGGCAGCCAAGGAGUUGAGCCAGCGCUCUCCUCCCAUCCCCCUGGCCAAAGUGGAUGCCACAGUGGAGGCGGAGCUUGCCUCACGUUUUGGAGUCUCUGGUUACCCUACUUUGAAGAUCUUCAGGAAAGGCAAGGUGUUUGACUACAACGGACCCAGAGAGAAGCAUGGCAUUGUGGAUUACAUGGGUGAGCAGGCAGGACCUCCCUCCAAGCAGGUCCAGGCAGUAAAACAGGUGCAGGAGUUCAUUAAGGAUGGUGAUGAUGCUGUCAUAGUCGGUGUAUUCUCUAAUGAACAGGAUGCAGCCUAUGAGAUCUACAGUGAGGCCUGUAAUAUACUAAGAGAAGACUUCACCUUCCGUCACACCUUCAACUCUGAAGUGGCCAAAUCAUUAAAAGCCUCUCCUGGUCAGAUUGUCAUCAACCAGCCUGAAAAGUUCCACUCAAAGCAUGAACCAGCAUCUCACACACUUGCAGUCAAGGACUCGACAACUGUGGCAGAAGUGCAAGAAUUCUUCAAGAAAUAUUCCAUUCCUCUGGUGGGACACAGAAAGCCAAGUAACGAUGCUAAACGCUACAGCAAAAGACCACUGGUUGUUGUGUAUUUUGGAGUUGACUUCAGCUUUGACUACAGGAAAGCUACACAGUUCUGGAGGUCCAAGGUGCUGGAGGUGGCCAAAGACUUUCCAGAGUACACGUUUGCCAUCGCUGAUGAGGAGGAUUAUGCAGAGGAGCUGAAGAGCCUUGGCCUGAGUGAAAGCGGAGAGGAAGUGAAUGUUGGAAUUAUGGCGGAUGGAGGCAAAAAGUUUGCCAUGGAGCCAGAAGAGUUUGACUCAGAGGUUCUCAGAGACUUUGUCAUGGCUUUUAAGAAAGGAAAGCUCAAACCAAUCAUCAAGUCCCAGCCAAUACCAAAGAACAACAAAGGACCAGUUAAGGUGGUGGUGGGAAAGACCUUUGAUGAAAUUGUCAUGGACACCCAGAAGGAUGUCCUGAUUGAGUUUUAUGCUCCCUGGUGUGGCCACUGUAAGAAACUGGAGCCCGAUUAUUUGGCUCUGGGCAAAAAGUAUAAAGGUGAGAAGAACCUGGUGAUUGCCAAGAUGGACGCCACGGCCAACGACGUGCCAAACGACAACUACAAAGUGGAAGGCUUCCCCACAAUAUACUUUGCCCCAAGUGACAGCAAGCAGAGCCCAGUCAAACUUGAAGGUGGCGACAGAACAGUAGAAGGUCUUAGCAAGUUCUUGGAAAAGCACGCCACAAAGCUACAGCAGAGGGAUGAACUCUGAGACUUUCCUUAAGUAUCUAAGAACUCAUGCUGAGGUCGUGUCUGGGAGGACGCUGAUGCCUUUGGGAAGGUAAAGGGAAUGCAGGGGAUUCAAAAUGGUGUUACUGAGUUUCUGUGGUGAUUACAUUUAAUCAUCAUUUUAGUUUCUGUUCAUUCCAAGAGAUUCAGCUUUCUGUUUCUACAAGCAUGUAAGCACUGCUGACAAUUUUUAAAUAAAACUUAAAAAUGA